AUGCGUGCCAAAAUGCUGCACCUGGGAGGAACCCAGCUACAGAAGGUUUUUCGAAGCCUUGAAGGCACCGAAGAGUUUUCGAUGGUUCUAAUUGAAAAACCAUGGUUCGAUGUAGCCAUCGAGAGAUUGGAUGCGUUUUUCAAACCGCGUAAGCAAGACGUGCUCGAAAGACACAAAUUGCGCAAUAUGAAGCAGGAUGUUAACGAACGUUUCGCACAUUUCGUCCUACGUUUGCGACAGCAACUGAUGGAUUGUGGUUUGGAUAAAUAUUCCAACGAGAUAAGAAAGGAAAUAAUCCCCGUCAAGGAUGAGUCUUCCACUGAUUGUCCGGGGAAAGUGUACUACAGUUUUUACACCGGAAACGACACGAAUGUAAUCAUUUGUCAACUAGGAGGCAUCGAUACGGAGAGGUUCGUCGUUUUAGGACCGGAAGCGAAUUUAAUCACGGUUAAAACCUGGGAUUUUCUCAAGGCCAAUGAAAUCAACGUUCAAGAAUGCGUAAGAGGAAGCAACAGAAUCUUGAAAGCGUACGGUAGUGAUACUCCGUUGAAAAUGUUGGCAUUUUUCAAGACCAUCGUGAAAGUAAGAUCUCGUUCAGUGGAAGCAGAGUUUUUCGUAGUAUCAGGCGGUCAGCGUUACUUGUUGGGCGAUACUACUUCUAAGCAACUUGGUGUUUUGAAAGUUGGCCAUGAAGUGAAUCAGGUGAUGAAUAGAGACGAUGCAAACAUGCCGUUUUCGAAAAUAGUUGAUGUACGUGUGCAUAUCAAGAUGAAUCCAGAAAUCACUCCAUGUUCCCAACCGUUGCGACGCAUUCCUAUCCCUAUGGAAGUGGUCGUGAAUAAAAAGCUAGAGGAACUGCUGAGAAGAGAUAUAAUUGAAGCGAAGAAGGGACCUGCUACGUGGGUAUCGCCACUGGUGGUAGCCAAGAUAAUAAAUGGAGAUAUACUUUUAUGUGUGGAUUUGCGGCGCGUCAACCAAGCUGUGAUCCGAGAUCGACAUCCGAUGCCUAUCAUCGAGGAAAUUUUGAUGAGAAUUGGAAAAGGGAAAUUGUGGACCGUUUUAGACAUAAAAGAUGCAUUUUGUCUGCUAGAGCUGGAUGAUGAAACGCGAGACAUCAUGACUUUUAUCACUUAUCGUGGUUUAUACCGCUUUAAACGCCUGCCUUUCGGUUUGGCUUCAGCGCCAGAGAUUUUUCAACGGGCAAUGGACGAAAUUCUUGCCGAUUGCGAAGGCUGCUAUUGGUAUCUGGAUGAUGUAGUUAUAAAAGGAAGCACUGUGGAGGAGCAUGAUGCUCGUUUGAACAAGGUAUAG